UUGUUCGCCCAUUCUGGGGCAUUGUUUCUGUGACCGUGAAAUUGGGAACACGGAUCGCUCUUCAGAGAAAUCUUGAGUUACAGUGUUCACUCUCGAUGUUAUUAAUAGAUAAUAUAUCACAUUACCGAAGAAAAAACGCGUAACAUGUCAUCUUGCGAUACCAACAUCGAGGUGGCGAACCCCAGGACAGGCGGAGGGCAGGAGGUCAUCACAAAAACUUAUUGUCGACGAUUUUGGAUUCUUUUGGUCUUUUCGUUGUUAGCAGGUUUCCAGGGCCAGCAGUGGAACACGUGGAGUCCCAUCGGCGCCAGCAUGGAGGCUGCUUACCCGGGCUGGGGCUCCAGUACGGUGGCCAUGAUGGCUAACUGGGGCCCGAUUACCUUCCUGAUAUUUGUGGCUCCCAUGUGCUGGCUCAUGAACACUCGGGGGCUUCGCGUGAGUGUGGUCACCUGCGCUGCCAUGAUGAGCGUCGGAACCUUGCUCAGGUGUAUCCACACCCCUCCUGCUGCCUUCACGGCUUUAUGCCAUGUUUGCGCAUUCCUCGUGGGCACAUCUGGCACCAUCAUGCUAGCUGCCCCGCCCCUCCUCGCCGCCGAUUGGUUCCCUCCGCGGGAGAGAACCACUGCCACGGCCGUUCCGAUCGUGGCCAACCAGCUGGGUACCGCUCUGAGCUACCUGGAGCCGCUUGUUGUGCGGGCUCCGGGGGGUGCGGCGACUCCUGCUGACAUCAGGAGUGACGUCAGUACACUCCUUUCUGUAGAGGCAGGUAUAGCUGCAACAUUGCUGGUGAUGACGGUAGCCUACUUUCCCUCCCGCCCGCCCUCCCCGCCCUCCAUUACCUCUGCCGCUCCCCGCCUGGAGUACCGCGCUGCCCUCGCCGCGAUUGUCAGAAACCGCGACGCGCUGCUGGUGUUCGCGUCGUACGGCCUGUCCAGCAUCCCGUGGGAGGCGGUCCUCAGCUAUUACCUCUCCUCCCUCGGCAUCCAGCAGGAAGAGGCUUCGUGGCUGGGGGUCGUCGCCGUGGUCUCCUCGGCCGCCGCUGGCCUCCUCGCCGCCCGCCUCACCGACCUGCUCUACGGCCACGCCCUCACCUGCGUGCUGGCGCUCAUGCUCACCUCCGUCGGGGCGCUCUACUGGCUCUGCCUGCUCUCGUGGGGCACCAUCCCCGCGGCCAAGUGGCAAAUUUACGCGUCCGUGAUCGGCGGGAUGGCAGUGAACUUUGGCGCGACGCCCCUGUUCGUGGAGCUGGCGGUGGAGCUGGCGUACCCGUGCCCCGAGGGCGUCGUCACCGGCUUCAUGGUGGCUGUCCUUAACUUCACCGGCGCCGUUUUUCUCUUCUUGUUUUUCAUACCCAAUAUUGGAUACUCUUGGGUGGUCUACUACCUGCUGGGGUCGUGCGUGGCGUGCGCCCUGCCGCUCCUGCUGGUGCGGGAGGAUUACGCCAGGUCCUCCAUCGACCGCCGCCGCCGCCUGGGUCGCUCCCUUGACGGAGACGCUGACUCUCGCGCUUGUUAAUUGUUCUAGAUUGUAUAUCGGUUGGAUUUAAAAUAUCGAGCUUUA